AACUGAAAUUAAAUACAAGAAAAGAUAGUAGAAAGAAUUGAUAAAUUUCUGCAAGGCAAAAUUUUAUAAAGAUCAACGGGCACAGAAAGAGUUAGUGGUGUUCAUCGGUACCCAAACAUGGAGGUCUUUCUGUAUUUUUAUUUGUUGCUCGCUUUUUUUUCGAUAAAUGCUGGUGCAGCUAGCAAUCGACGUCCAGACGGACGAAUCGUUAAUGGACUGUUGGCCAGAGAGGGACAAUUUCCCUUUCAACUGUCUCUUCGGCGUCUGAGUAUUCACCUUUGUGGCGCAGCUGUGCUAGGAGAUAGCUGGGCCAUAACAGCAGCCCACUGCAUCGACGGACACGAGCUUCAGCCUCAAGAGUACACAUUGCGACUCGGCAGUGUGCAGCGCUCUAGUGGAGGAAGCAUUGUAAAUAUACGCACGAUAUAUAAACAUCCCUCAUACACCGCUACGGAUAUGAACUUUGAUGUGGGUCUGCUACGAACAGUAACUGGUGCCUUGUUCAUGGAUCCCAAUGUGGCACCCGUACGGAUGCCAGGGUCUGGAGAUAAAAUUAGGGAGAACAUGGCCGCGACUGUCUCUGGAUGGGGCCAUAUAAGUUCCACCGACGCCAUAUUAUCAUCUGAACUGCAGUAUACAACAGUUUUAACGGUUAAUCAGAGAAGAUGCAAAGAAUACCUUAGUAACCAUGGGACGGUAACUGAUGCCAUGUUUUGUGCUGCCGCUCGUAGUACAGAUGCUUGUCAGGGCGACAGUGGUGGUCCAAUUAUUGCUGAGGAGACAUUGAUUGGUGUUGUGUCUUGGGGCGUGGGCUGUGCUGAUCCAUACUACCCCGGAGUGUAUACACGCUUAGCACAUCCACACAUCAGGCGAUGGGUACGUCUUCUAACUAAACUGUAAUACCUACUUACAAUUAGAAAUAAAGUAUUUAAUACACUCUGCACGCAAAGAAAACAUUUGAUCUUGUCCU